AUGGCAGAGCACGUGUGCAAUAGCACGUUACGUGAAAGAGCACGUUACAAGAGCACGGUACGUGAAAGAGCACGUUACAAGAGCACGGUACGUGAAAGAGCACGUUACAAGAGCACGGUACGUGAAGAGCACGCUACAAGAGCACGGUACGUGAAAGAGCACGUUACAAGAGCACGAUACGUGAAAGAGCACGUCACAAGAGCACGGUACAUGAAAGAAGCACGUUACAAGAGCACGGUACGUGAAAGAGUACGUGAAAGAGCACGUUACAAGAGCACAGAAGUCAAAGUGUCCAAAAGUGGUGAAAAAGUGGGUAAGGGGUUAGCCUUAACUUUUUCAAAAAAAUAUUAAGGGCCUUAAAUUGACCUUGACCUUAAAUUUCAUGAAAAAGUGGUUAAAAUUCGAGAAAAAGUUAAGGUCAUUUUCGCCACUUUUCUCAAUUUUUCGAAAAGUUUAGCAGGUCUAGUGUCAGUAGUGUGAAUGCUUUAGAAGGUAUUCUUAAAUAUUUAUACUGGUGUUUGUGCGCAUAGCAACAAGAUAUUAUCGACAUUUUCUAAAUGUUUGCGGAAAUGAAAUAAACAUAAAUUACUCCCCCAUGGUGAGAGGUCACUGAGACAUUUGAAAACGGAAAGAACAUUCAUGAAAAUCAGAAUUUCACAGAACGUAUUUUAGACCGAGGGAAGAUCUUCUAGCCAAGUCGAGGGAAAUAGCUUCAAGUAAACGGUAAGGAUCAUUUUCUAAUCAAGGCUGGAUGAGAAACUAAUUAAAACAUACCCCCUAUAUACGCUCGACAGUCGACAGCAUGAAGCGUAUAUUUAGUGCUGCAUGAGAUUGGAUAUAAUUCUUCAUGAAUUAUAGUUGUUUUGGAAAUAAAACGAGCUUUAUUAAAGAACGAGGCAGAUGAAUACAUAGCGUCGAUUAUUGUGGCUCGUUUGAACUCAUCCUUCAAUCUUCAUGAAUCAAUUAUGGAAGGGAAACGAUUUCUGUGAGAUAACAAACAGAUCUUAGACGGAAACACGUUAUGAAAGCACGAAAAAUAGUGCAAAAUAUAUAGUGAAAAAUAUUUUCAACUUUGUAUUUCAUCCGUCGAAUAUACGACAAGACGUAAUGGCGUUACGAAUGGUAUUAGUAACUUUUUACACCACGCGUUUUGUGUUCCUAUCAAUGCCAUCUGUGAAGCCAUUGAGUUUACACUACUCAACAUAAACAACACGACACAAGAUCCGAUUAAUUCACGCAAUUAAAUUCAAUUUCGAUAGAAACUUCAAACUUGCCGAAUGCGGCAUACUGGACGGGUAUGUGUGCAUGUUACUGAGUUUCGUUUGCAGUCGCAAUAUAAUAGCUACCGUCAGAAAACCAAAAACUUGUCAUAGAAAAUUUGCGCGUCUGAAGAAGUAUUAAUAAAGAUUAAUUUGAUAAUUUAUGAUAAUUACGAUAUUCAUUCGUCCAAUUAGUAACAAUUGUAUUAAUUAGCUGCAUUGAACUUGGUUUAUAGUUCGAUAAUUAUAACAAUUACGCUUCUAAUGAAGGUUGCUGGACGUCUCCAAAGAAGCAGUUAUAUUUCUGAUCUCGAGGACGCAGUGUUUUAACGAAUUUCAGCUAACUGUGCAUUUUACAACUCGAGGUUUGUGAAGAAAUAUUACAUUGUCCAUCAAAAGGUCUCAUCUUACUACGUUUGUUUAUUUCUGCCUGUAUUAAAAAAAAUAGUCUACCCAUAGAAAUAAUAGACGAAUAUUUCUGUGGCUCUACCUAAAGUGGUAUUUGGCCUUGCCACAAAAAUCAACAGUGGGACAUAUAGAUUGGGAUGAACUAUUGUUUAAAAUUGUUAAUCAAAAAUGGCAGUUCGGAAAAGCGACAUUUCCGCAUUCAAAACAUAGGUCUAUGUUGAAUAUGUUCUUGUCUCUUGUAGCUUCGCCAUAACAAUGGGAAAGGAACAAAGCAAGCUGAAACCACGGGACCUCAACGACUUGUCAAAAGCGACGACAUUCAGCGAACAAGAAAUUAAAGCUUAUUACAAGGAGUUUAAAAGGAACAGUAAAACUGGCACGAUGACUGUCGAGGAUUUCAAAAAACUUUACUCCAAUUUUUUCCCAGAUGGGGAUCCAUCGGAGUUUGCGGAACACACGUUUCGUGUUUUUGAUCAAAAUGGAGACGGAGUUUUGGAUUUUCGUGAGUUGAUUGUCUCGAUGUCGGUUAUGAAAAGAGGUAACGUGGACGAGCGGCUGAAAUGGGCGUUUACUAUGUACGAUAUUGAUGGCAACGGCUAUAUUACAAGGUAAGAAUAACUAAUUAGGAAUUAGAAUGAAACUAAUUAGGAUUAAACGUGCGUUCAUUUCUUCUACAGGGAUGAGCUGCUUGGUAUAUUGACGGCAAUUAAGAAAUUAUCAGGCAGUGAAGAUGACGCUGCGUCUGAUAUGGCCAAUGAUAUAUUUGAACGUGUAGACAAGAAUUCUGAUGGCAAAUUAUCUUUAGAAGAGUUUAUUGAAGGAGCCAAAAUAGACAACGAUUUAGCAACGAUGUUGGAGAGUAUAUAA